GCGCUCUUCCUAUCACACUGACUUUUUUUUUUUUGUAUUUUCUCAAUUUCAGCUUCGACCUUUCCCAUCUCUCUCUCUCUCUCUACCCUCUCUCUCUCCUCCUCGCCGUUGAGUCGCCGAAACCCUAACUCCAUCUCGCCGGAGAUACUGAUCCACCGAUGACCGUACGAUUAGCGAGAGUUGAGGAUUGAGCGGUGUGGCUUGGAUUCGUUCGCCGGAUGGAGGGAGGUAGCCUCUCUAGACUUACUUGUUCUGGUUUAUACCCAUGGAUUAUGAUGAAAAUGAUUUUCAGAGCCAGAAUCAGCAUUUAGCUGGUGAGGGGAAUUCAAAAUUUUCUCCUGUAUUACAGCCAUAUGCCCUUUCCAAAUUUGAUUUUGACGACAACCUUCAAGGGCAUCUGAGGUUCGACAGUUUGGUUGAAAGUGAGGUUUUUCUUGGAAUUGCAAAUAACGUAGAUAAUCAUUGGAUUGAGGAUUUCUCUCGUGGAAAUAGUGGUAUAGAAUUCAGUACAUGUGAUACAGCACCUUGCUCAAUAACCAGGCAUAACAAUGUGUGGUCUGAAGCAACCUCGUCGGAGUCUGUUGAAAUGUUAUUAAAAUCUGUUGGGCAGGAAGAAACUACACUCAAUCAAAUUACCAUUGAGGCAGCAGAUGCCUGUAAUCCAGCUACCUCGACAAAAGAAAUGGAACCUAUUUUGACACAUGAUGAUAGUGUCUUAGAAAACUCAGAGGAAACUGUUAACCCACAGUCGGCUUUAGUACCGGAUGAGAUUUUACGAAACUUUUCAACUAUAAAGGAGGCCAUGGUAGAUGAGCUAUCUCAAGUUGAAGUUGCAUCAAGGACUCAUAGUGAAUCAUUUGUUGGUGGAAUGUCAGUUGACGUGGAUCCAAGUGCUCUGGAUGGAAACUCUGGAGCUUUUAAAGCUGAAGGGAGUUUGUUCAAUAGUGACAAAUCUGAUGAUAAAAUUCAAGGGGAGGUUCAUAGUUUGCAGGGUAAACCUUCUAAUGAUAGUGCUCAAGAAGCUGGUUCUUCUUUGGAUGUGCAAGGUGAUAAUGUAGCUAGAGUCACAGAUCACAUUGUGAUGAGCAGUAACGGAGUGGAAAGCCAAAUUGCUCUAAGCCAGGUAAAUGUCACUGUUGAGAACGUUGAUGGUUUACAGACAGACAGUGAUGUGCAAGGGGGGGAGAUACUUGCAGUAAGCAUGGAGGAAAGAAGAAAUAGCGAGAUAUCAGCUGACAGUGCAGUUGAGAUUCCAACCUCCCAUCUGGACUGUAAUGCCAAUUUGAGCUUGAAGGGGCAAUAUAAGGAGGACGGAAAUGCACUCGAAACUGGUGUCAGUACAGGCCAGGAGCCUUCUACUACCAGACCACAGGUUACGGAAGGAUGCACUGGUGAUGCACCUAUUUCUGUUCAAGCUAGUAUAAGCGAGGAUAUUGUUUCUGCUAAAGAUGCAGGAACUGUUGAACAGUUGGAAGCUGAAGGCAAAAAGGAUGCAGUAAUUGUUGAGCCGGCAGUUUCUGGAUCAGAGCAGUCAAUGGACUCCAACCAUCAGGAGAUGAUAAUGCAGACUGAUACCAUAGACAAGAACGAUGAUAAAUCAGAUUGUAAUGAACAGCUAGCCAAGGGCUCUGCUGCAUCAUUGCUGCAGGUGGACGAUGACAAAGUUCUUGAGAAAGAUAGCGAGGGAAUUAAUGGUGUUUCCGGUCUUAUGGCGGUAAGCUCUUUGCCAAGACAGCAUGAGGAAACACAAGCAAGCGAUUCGUCUAAAGAUGCUGACAGUACAAUUGGUCAACAAGAUGCGAGCGGUGAAAAGUGCAGCCAGUCUUCUUCUUCAGUUGAAAUCAAACAAAUAGAGCGAGAGAGUGAACCAGGUCAUUUUUCAUUGUCUUCAGAGGAUAAUGACAGAAAAGACGUUCAUCAUCAUAAGGAGACUCAAAAGUCAUCUGGACAGGAAUUAGAAUCCAUGGCAAUAGAUAACUUGGAAGAAUGUGAAAUUCGAACGCAUGCGGACGCAUCUUCUGGAACUGCUGGACAGCAGUCAUCUGAAACAGUUUCUCAGGUCAAGCCUGUCCCAGACACUGGUAGUACAGAUAUUCUUGAUGCAUCUCAAGCUACAAUGCCUACGGUGGUUAAUCAUGAAACUGAGAAGGCACCCAAAGCGAGUCUUGAUUCUUGUGAGCCCAUGGUGAAUAAGAGUGAUCAUAUCGAAGCUGUUCCAGAAAAACACGGGGACACGAUUACAGAAGAAAAAUUUGAGAAGGAUCUUAAGGAUUCAGAGAAUGUUUUAAAAGCGUCAGAAAGCUGUAUGAAAUCUUCUCCUUUAAGUGAAUGUCAUGUGAGAUCUUGUGCACAGGAAGAUGAAAUUGAUAAUGCAGAUAGUAGCAAAGCAGAAUGCAGCUCCCCAAUUGUUAUAAGUAGCAGUGAGCUUUCUCAAGAUGUAAAUAUAGAGGAAGCAGAUAAGAAUUCUUCACAUCAGAACCUUCCAUCUUCUGAUGUCAAGGAUUCAAAUGUGUUGGUGGAUCAAAAAGGGACAGAUGCAGCCAAAGAUGAAAAGAGCUUUACCUUUGAUGUUAGUGCUUUGAUGACAACGGAAGGAUCCAAGAAAUGGCAACAAUUUCCUGCUGUAAAAGAUUCCAAAUUAUCUCCCAUUGUAGAGGGAUCUCCUUCAACUCCAGCGUUAGUCCAAGUGGAGAAUAAAGUUUUGCAGCCGAAUACCACUGGAAGUCCUAGAAAAUCAAGGGAUACAGUACGAGGACAUAUGAAAGACACACCUGAGCGUAAAGUAAGGAGAACAUCAAGUAAGGCAGCAGGAAAGGAAAGUGCUAAAAAGGGAAGUUCUGCGAAGGGAACACCUGCUUUAAAACAAUCAGAAGCAGGGGUGUCAAGCUACCGGUCCUUGAACCCUUCUGGAAUUUACCAGGUUGUACAGUCUAAUGAGAUGCAGCACUUUGGGCAGGUUGAUGGCACUAAUGCCAAGCCAUUUGGUGUCAGUCCGGCAGUUUCUAGUCUGCCCGAUUUGAACACUUCAGCUUUCGCAAAUGUGGUCUUCCAGCAGCCCUUCACGGACCUGCAACAAGUGCAAUUGCGGGCACAGAUCUUUGUUUACGGGUCUUUGAUUUCGAAAGUUGCACCUGAGGAGGCGCACAUGUUGUCUGCAUUUGGGGGAUUCGAUGGUGGUCGGAGCAUGUGGGAGAAUGCAUGGCGUAAAUGUAGAGAAAGGAUACUUGGUCAAACAGUUCAUCCGGCAAGCGUCGAGACCCCUUCACAAUCUCGUUUAGCUUCUGAUCAGUCAACUAAACAGAAUAUCGUUUCAAACAAAGUUACUCCUUCACCUGUUGGCAGAGGCAGUAGCAAGAGUACACCUUCUCCUGCCACAAACCCUGUGCUACCUCUUUCUUCUCCUCUUUGGAAUAUAUCCACCCCUUCAUUUGAGGCCCUGCAGUCUUUGCCUAAAGGAGCUGUUAGGGAUUAUCAGCAUGCUUUUUCACCAGUACAUCUCAAUCAAACUCCACCUCUGGGGAAUUAUUUUGGACAUAGCACCAGCUGGAUGUCACAGACCCCAUUCCGUGCGCCCUGGUCCGCUUCUCCUCAAACUUCUGUACUUGACCCGAGUGUUCGGUUCCCCUCGUUGCCUAUGACCGAAGCCAUUAAAAUAGUACCUGCAAAAGAGUCUCCAGUCUCUCUCUCUUCGGCAAUGAAGAAUGUUGCUCCCGGUCCAGUCAUGCAGGAUGCAGUUCAGGCUAGUGUUCUCCCUGGGAGUUCUGUUGCAUCUCUUGACGCCAAAAAGGUGGCAGUAUCUCCUGGUCAGCCUUCUACCGACCCGAAACCCAGGAAGAGAAAAAAGGCAUCAACUUCUGGAGAUCUCGGCCAGAUCACCUCCCACUCCCAAUCUCUAGUGGAAAUGGGUUCUGUUGCUACUCUGACCAGCCAUCAGUCUGCACCUGUCCCUGCAGCAAAUGUUACUGGCUUUUUGUCUGAGACCUCCAUGGGAAAACAUAACGUGUCUGUACCUUCACCAAUCCCACUUGGUAAUUCUAAACCAGGAGAGCAGGAUAAAAAGAGUGUAUUACCUGAGGAAUCCAUUAUUAAAGUCAAAGAGGCCAGACGGCAAGCAGAGGAUGCUGCUGCAUUCGCUGCUGCAGCUAUUGGUCACAGUCAAGAAAUGUGGAAUCAGUUGAAUAAGCAGAAGGAUUCUGGUCUUGUAGCAGCUGCAGAUGUCACACUAGCUUCUGCAGCUUUUGCAAUAGCAGCUGCUGCUUCUGUUGCAAAGGCGGCAGCUGCAGCUGCUAGCGUUGCAUCAAAUGCAGCUUUGCAGGCGAAACUUAUGGCUGAGGAAGCAUUAAAUCCUAGCAGUAAUAAUCAGAUUUCAAAUGAUGGAUUUUCUCUCUCUGCUCUUGGAGUAACAAAAAGUUCUAGUUCAAUGAUUGUUGCCGCAAAGGAGGCUGCCAGGAGAAGGAUUGAAGCUGCUUCGGCUGCUUCAUUACGAGCUGAAAAUCUAGAUGCCAUAGUAAAAGCUGCUGAGCUGGCUGCGGAAGCUAUAUCACAAGCUGGAAAAGUUGUUACAAUGGGGGAUUCUUUACCAAUAUCUGAACUAAUAGAAGCUGGACCAGAUGGUUUUUGGAAAUUGCCUCAGAUUUCUUCUAAUCAUGGGGCAGAACUGCAUGAUGGAAACAGGGAGCAGUUGAACAACAAUAAUGCUUACAGUAAACCAGAUGCUUCUGGCAAACAACUGGCAGGACCUGUCCAAGAUAAAGGAGCAAGUGGCAUGCAGCAUGCUUUACCACCUACUUCAGGAGAAAGUUUGAGGGAUAAGUCAGAAAAGCAUGGGAGCUUGAUGGAUGGAGUCUCAAGUUUGGUCAACUCUGAUGGAAAGAAUUUUAGAGGACUGAAGGGUCGCAAGGCAUCUGACUUGGCUGGAACUACCGGAGGAAAUCAUGUAUCUGCUGUUAGUCAUGAAGAGAUUGACGAGACCUUGAGGACAUCAAAGGAAAGUGGCAUUGCAGAAGGCUCCCAAGUGGAGGUUUUUAAAGAUGGGGAUGGGUACAAAGCUGCAUGGUUCUCGGCCAAUGUAUUGAGCUUGAAGGAUGGGAAGGUCUAUAUAUGUUACUCUGAGAUUCCAUCAAAUGAAGGUACUGGGAAGCUUAAGGAAUGGGUGGAGCUCGGAAGUGAAGGAGAUAAGGCGCCCAUAGUACGCAUUGCUCAUCCUAUGACCGCCUUGAAAUCUGAAGGAACCAGAAAGAGACGCAGAGCAGCCACGGGUGAUUUUACUUGUUCUGUUGGAGAUAAAGUUGAUGCCUGGAUCCGAGACAGCUGGUGGGAGGGAGAUGUCACUGAGAAAAGCAACAGAGAUGGAACUUCAGUAACAGUCCAUUUUCCAGCUCACGGAGAGACUUCUGUCGUUAGAACAUGGCAGCUUCGGCCUUCUCUUAUUUGGAAGGAUGGGGAGUGGAUUGAGUGGUCAAGUAUGAGAGAGAAUGUUCAGACGCAUCGAGAGGGGGAUAUGCCUCAGGAAAAGCGUGCAAGGUUGGGAACUCCUGGACUGGAAUCCAAAGGUAAGGACAAGGUAGAGGAGAGUGUUCAAGUUGUGGAACCGGGGAACCCUCAAGUGGUUGAAUCUUUGGAUCUAACAGCCAAAGAAAAAACUUUUAAUAUCGGCAAGAAGAAUACAAUUGAAAGUAGGAUCGACAGAUUAAAACCUGCAAGGACUGGUUCACGAAAGGAAGGUUCAAGAGUGGUAAUUGGUGUUCCAAAACCAGGAAAAAAGAGGAAGUUCAUGGAAGUAAGCAAACAUUAUGUGGGCAACCAGAAGACUGAUGAGUUGAACGACUCGGUCAAACUUGCAAACUAUUUGAUGCCUCAGCGAAGUGGACCUCGUGGAUGGAAAAUCUUUUCUAAAGAUGAUACGAAGGAGAAACGAAUAGUUGAAUCUAAGCCCAAGAUUCUUAGGUCUGGAAGAUCACAAAAUGUUUCAAGUAGAACAAUCCCGCAGAAGAAUAAUUUGACAACUGCUGGUUCUUCCUAUGGCACACUUCCUGGAAUUAAGAGCAAGGAUUCAUCUGACCAUGAGGAAAAUGCAUCGGAAAAGCACAACUCAACGGAACAUGGAUCAUUUUCUAAUAGUGAGGGGUUGACAGAAGGUCCAAUCUCUUCUCUAGUUCCUUCGUCGGAUGCUAGUUCUCUGAAAAGGACUUUCACAACCAGUGCAAAGGUUGAAAGGGCUAAUAGAGGAAAAGUUCCUGGUGGCAAAUUGGCUACACGUGAGGACAAAUCUUUCAAUAAUAAUGCCACAAAUGCAACCUCUGAAUCUGUUGAGCCUCGAAGAUCUAAUCGUCGAAUUCAGCCCACUUCAAGAUUAUUGGAAGGCCUUCAGAGUUCCAUGAUAAUUACCAAGAUGCCUUCUACUUCACAUGACAGAGGCCACAGAAGUCAAAGUAAGGGCACCGGUAAAAGGGAAUGACCAUGGUUAAGGAAGGCUCUAGGAUGGCAAGAUUUAAUCGGGUUCUCUCUAUACAAUACAGCACAUGCUCUGUGUAUAUUUAUUGUGGGUAGAAAGCUAGGGAACGACAAUUGCUCUUUGAAGUUAGUUUGAGAUCUAGUGCCUUAGUGGAAAGCUAGUACUUAGCAGAUGUUACGUGAAUGCUAGUCGCUGUGAAAUUUCCGACUUCAUGCUUACUAUUAUUAGCUUUUUUUGGUUAUGAAUAGGUUGUUUUGAUUCUCCGGGUAGUAUUGUUGGUAACUGUAGUACGAAUUCAUAAAAUGGUGAUGACAUUUCCCUUUUUUUUUUUUU